CCGGGUGCCCGGAGCCGAAUCUUGGCGCUCCCGGAAGUAGCCUUCAGGCGGCGCGCCCGGCCCGGGCAGUGCUCGCUCCAACCGGGGCUCUGCAGCUGCGCCCGGGUCCGGGCGUCGCCAUGACCAGCGAGCUGGACAUCUUCGUGGGGAACACGACCCUCAUCGACGAGGACGUGUAUCGCCUCUGGCUGGAUGGUUACUCGGUGAGCGACGCGGUGGCCCUGAGGGUGCGCUCGGGAAUCCUGGAGCAGACGGGCGCCACGGCGGCGGUGCUGCAGAGCGACACCAUGGACCACUACCGUACUUUCCACAUGCUCGAGCGCCUGCUGCACGCACCGCCCAAGCUGUUGCACCAGCUCAUCUUCCAGAUCCCGCCCUCCCGACAGGCGCUGCUCAUCGAGAGGUACUAUGCCUUUGACGAGGCCUUUGUGCGGGAGGUCCUGGGCAAGAAGCUGUCCAAGGGCACCAAGAAAGACCUGGACGACAUCAGCACCAAAACAGGCAUCACCCUCAAGAGCUGCCGGAGACAAUUUGACAACUUUAAGCGAGUCUUCAAGGUGGUGGAGGAAAUGCGGGGCUCCCUGGUGGAUAACAUUCAGCAACACUUCCUCCUGUCUGACCGGUUGGCCAGGGACUAUGCAGCCAUCGUCUUCUUUGCCAACAACCGCUUCGAGACAGGGAAGAAAAAACUGCAGUAUCUGAGCUUUGGUGACUUUGCCUACUGUGCUGAGCUGAUGAUCCAGAACUGGACCCUCGGAGCUGUCGGUGAGGCCCCCACUCACCCAGACUCCCAGGUGGAUGACAUGGAUGUGGAUCUAGACAAGGAGUUUCUCCAGGACUUGAAGGAGCUCAAAAUGCUUGUGGCUGACAAGGACCUUCUGGACCUGCACAAGAGCCUGGUGUGUACUGCCCUUCGGGGAAAGCUUGGUGUCUUCUCUGAGAUGGAAGCCAACUUCAAGAACCUGUCCCGGGGGCUGGUGAACGUGGCUGCCAAGCUGACCCAUAAUAAGGACGUCAGAGACCUGUUUGUGGACCUCGUGGAGAAGUUCGUGGAACCCUGCCGUUCUGACCACUGGCCACUGAGUGAUGUGCGGCUCUUCUUGAAUCAGUAUUCGGCAUCCGUCCACUCCCUGGAUGGCUUCCGGCACCAGGCCCUCUGGGACCGCUACAUGGGCACCCUCCGUGGCUGCCUCCUGCGCCUCUAUCAUGACUGAGGUCCCCUCCCACCGCCCUGCCCACACGGACAAUAAAGCUGCCAUGACUUUGGAGGAGCCCGUGCGCGGGAGUGUGCGCGGGCGUGCACACAUCUGUCUCUGAGUGUCACGGUGACCGUGCAUAGGGAUGUAUGUGUA